GGUGGGUAGCUAACCUGCCGUCAAGUAAGACGCUUGGGGGAAGCGUUUGAUUCCAAAACUGACUUGUAAUAGCUACUGUAGUUUCAUUUUCAAGUAUUUUGUUUGUUGUGCCAUUCUUCUACACGGAUUUUCGUUGGCGAAAAAAAGCACUUGUAGCAAUACUUUGUAAAAUGGUAGGCGUGAAGGUAAUCGGGAAUGAUUCAGAAUUCCAACCUGAACUUACAAGCGCCGGCUCAAGACUCGCCGUAGUGAAGUUCACAAUGGCCGGAUGUCGACCUUGUGUAAGAAUAGCUCCUGCUUUCAACAUGCUGAGUAACAAGUAUCCACAGGUUGUGUUUCUUGAAGUAGAUGUCCACGUGUGUCAGGCCACUGCUGCUGCCAACAAUAUUUCAGCCACACCAACAUUUUUGUUCUUCCGGAACAAAGUACGGAUUGAUCAGUAUCAGGGUGCGGAUGCAUCGGGUUUAGAGGAAAAGAUAAAACAGCACGUGGAGAAUGAUCCUGGAAGCAGUGAGGACUCGGACAUCCCCAAAGGAUAUAUGGACCUCAUGCCCUUUGUGAACAAAGCCGGAUGCGAGUGCCUAAACGAGAGCGACGACUACGGCUUCGACAACUGCUUAGUGAAAGACUCCUCCUUCCUGGAGUCCGACUGUGAUGAGCAGCUUCUCAUUACAAUGGCCUUCAACCAGCCAGUGAAGCUGUUCUCCAUGAAACUCCAUUCCUCUGAUUUGGUUCAAGCACCAAAGUGUGUGAAGAUUUUCAUCAACCUGCCUCGCUCGAUGGACUUCGACGACGCAGAGAGGAGCGAAGCCACCCAGACACUGGAGCUGUCUGAAGACGACGUCAAGGAGGACAGCCUGGUAGCCCUGCGCUACGUCAAGUUCCAGAACGUCAACAGCGUCACUCUAUUUAUAAAGUCCAACCAAGGAGAUGAGGAAACAACAAAAGUUAAUUAUUUAACUUUUAUCGGGACCCCUGUACAAGUAACAAACAUGAAUGACUUCAAACGGGUUAUGGGUAAGAAGGGAGAGAGUCACUGAAGGGGACUGGACGACUGGAAAUCCUGCUGCGGUUCCUCCACGGACCUCCCUCUACCGAAGCGUGCCGGUUAGCUCCAGUGUAACACCCACCGACAGCUCUCACCUGACGCUGUCCCCGUCUUUUCCCCCCGAGGGCAAAAUGGCCGCUUUGGCCGAGGCAGUCCAGUCAAUCAUUUUUAUUGUAAUCGAGAAGAAGCUGUAAAUAAAAUCGAUCCUUUUUCAAAGGCAA